AACCAUCUAUUGUGUUGUGUUUACCACGUUUAGUCGCAUUUAUAACGUCGUCGCGUAAACAUGUCUCAGUCAAUUCAAUAUAAAUUAUACGAGAAUAUAUUUAUAGAAACGAAUAUUCAAUCUCCCGAUUACGAUGGUGUCAUACUUAUUGUUUACCCUGAAGAAUUGAAUAUAUCUUUGCCGCGUCAUAUUGGAAGUUUCGUUGAGGGAAUACGUAAAUUGGAUAAACAUAUUCAAAAAGUAGCAACAGUUUGGCAUUGUGAUUACGUUUCUGGAGGACGGAUAAUACUUGCUCCGACUGGGAAUGUCACACCAUACCACGAUGCAAGUAUCAUUAAAGAUGCAGUAAAGAAAGGUAUGUUACGCGCCUUAGAUGCGGGUGUCAAGAAACCAUUGUUGGUCGUCCAAGAUAUUGUUAAUUUCCCAGAUGGCCAAUUAAUCGGUAUACUUGGAGCAUUAGAAGCUUUCUAUAUACCUCUACAGAUGAGAGAGAGAGAUGAUACGAAGAAUUUCAUUCGUUUAGGAUUGUACGCGGAAGAAAAGAAGACGGAAGACUUUGAAAGGGUAAUAAGAAACGCUAUAGCUUUAGAAAGAUCUAGAAUUAUGACGAGAGAUAUUGCCGGAGGUGAUCCAGAGAGAAUGUCACCGGCUAACAUCGUGGAAUACAUUAAAAACUCUUUUGCUGGCAUUACUAAUAUCACCAUUAAAGUGAUAGACGAUGAAAAAAUAAUAGCCCAGGAGUAUCCACUUUUAGCAGCUGUUAAUCGAGCAGCUAAUCAUGUAGACAGACAUAAGGCAAGAAUGGUAGAAUUGGAGUACAAACCUCAUGAUUCCAGUAGAGUGACCGAAACUCUAAUGUUAGUUGGAAAAGGCGUGACUUACGACACAGGGGGUGCUGAUAUCAAGAUUUCUGGCAAAAUGGCCGGCAUGUCAAGAGACAAGAGUGGAGCUGCUGCUGUAGCUGGUUUCCUCAAAGCCUGUUCGAUUCUUAAACCGCCACAUUUAAAAGUUGUUGGUGUACUGUGUCUAUGUAGAAAUUCUGUAGGAUCAGAUUCGUAUGUCUCCGAUGAACUGCUGGUCUCCAGAAGUGGGAAGACAGUUAGGGUUACGAAUACAGACGCUGAAGGUCGUCUAGCGAUGGCGGAUGCGUUGUUCAAGCUAACUGAAGAAGCUGGUAAUGCAAUGAACCCUCAUUUAUAUACGAUUGCAACAUUAACUGGUCACGCUAGAGCUUGCUAUGGUAAUUACGUCGCUGCGAUGGACAAUUAUAGCGCAAGGGCUACUAAUCAUUCAGCUAGACUACAGUUCAGUGGUGGAAGGAUGGCUGAAGGUAUAGAAGUGUCUACAAUCAGACCAGAAGAUCUUGCAGUGAAUGUUGGUAAAUGUAAGGGUGAUGAUCUGGUGCAAUACGACACGGAAGCUAAAUGUCGUAAUCAUCAGUUGGCAGCUGGAUUUCUAAUCAAAGUUGGAGGUUUGGAAGAUAAGAAUAUUAAAUACACGCAUUUAGAUAUAGCUGGUGCGGCUGGGAUACCUCCUGAAGAGCCAACUGCGAUACCUGUACUGACACUUUGUCAUGCCCAUAAAGUUUUAUUGUAAAAAUAGACAAGAGUAA